CUUUACUCCCGCCCUCUCGUAUCCAUCUCUUCUGGACCUUCGUCCCAGCCCUUCUUUGUCCUUCAAGUCAUUCCUUACCUCACGAGCCAAACGGUACCGCUGCGUCGGACCACACUCUCCUUCAAACGUUGCGGACUUUGUCGUCACCUGCCUUAAGGUUCUUGUUCGCAGCUCGCAAACGCCUUCGUCGCGUCGCUACAGCAAAACAUCAACACCCACGCUCCCUCGACCCUUCACGGCGUCUCUCGGCUCUCGGUUGGACUCGGUAUUCUGGGAAUACGGACAACCCUGACGAUACAGAAACAAAGAAGAAAAGCAUCACUCGAAUCGAAAAGUUUCGCAAAAACGAAACCCUCUCAACUUCACGAUGAAGGUCUCUACCACCGCCAUCUUCCUCGCGACCGCCCUCGGCGUCGCUGCCCACCCCAGCGGUGCCGCUCACCAGCAUCAGCACCUGCACAAGCGCCUCGACUUCGUCAAGGCCGGCAAGCCCGCACCCGCCCCCGUCAAGGCCGAGGUCCAGCCCACGAUUGUCGCUCCUCCUCCUGCCGCCACCUCUACCCAGGCCGCCCAGUCCAGCGCUGGCGGCUCCGGCGGCUCCGGCGCCGGCGUCAAGCAGUACACUCCCUUCUGCGGCGGCGGCAAGCGCGCCACUGUCGAGCAGAUUGCCUACAAGGGCAACGUUGGCGGCACUGGCUCUCAGUACGGCUGCAACAUGAUGCUCGUCUCCCUCGACAUCAUGGACAAGUACGACUACCGCAACACCUUUGUGGAGACCCAGGGCAAGGAUCAGAAGUGCGCCUGCUGGAACAAGAUCGGCCCCGAGGGCCUCAUUAACGGCUUCUUCGCCAACGCCAACCCCAACGCCCUCAAGUUCGACCUCCCCGCCAACAGCAAGCAGGGGGUUGUCUUCGACAAGAACAGCCAGGGCGCCUGCGCUUGCGGCGUCGGCGAGCUCACAUCGACCAAGAAUGGCAUGUUUGGCGGCACCUGGUUCGAGUUUGACUUCGGCAACGAGUCCAACAACGAGUGGUCUGGCGGCGAUGCCUCGUGCCUCACCGCCUUUGACGAAAAGUCGCCAAUUACCGCCAUGACGGUCUCGGGCGGUCCCUGCGACGGCUCUAGCCACACGGAGUCCAUCGUCAACUCGGACGGCACGGGCUCCAACGCUUUCCUCGGCGGCAUGAACAAGAUGGACGGUAUCGGCUUCAACAUCCCCAGGACGUCGGGCCCCAUUUGCUUCAAGAUCAAGGUCUAAGCGACUUGUGUCCGCUGGCCUCGCAAAUGAAUGCUCUGUUUACGCACGGUGGAGAGUUUUUGGAUUGGAUUGUGCUUCGGACGGCGGCCGCGAUGUGGCGCCGGCCUGGUGUUUGGGUGCGCAAGAUAUAUGGUGCUAGGGUUUGGUUUCAUUUCCCUUCUUGCGGCUCAGGCUCUGGCUUGACCCAAGCAUGAUCGGGACACACAAACACGCUUGGUCGAUGCUGCUCUACCUAGGGUUACAUAUGCAGCUUUUUUAUACAUACGUUUUUCGUUUGCCUCUGAGCGCAUUGCCGCGACACAGUCUGAUCGAUUCAGGGGGUCCAGUGAGCUACAGUAGAGCGGGUUGUGUGUUGCACGGAGAGACUUCAAGCCUUGUGCGGUUUGGGAUCCAGGGAGUAUCGCCCACGACGGCAACAAAGCCAGCCUCCAACUACAUUCAACUUCAGACAGUGACAAAGAGGCACCGUCGGCGUACGGGCGGGCAGAGCUGGC